CAGACACCGAGGAACACAAGGCCGUUUCUGUUGACACACUUGUGAGGGGUGGGCAUCUCAACGUCAAGACGGUGUUGAGGUUUCAUGCAGUUCUCUUUUAUGAGAGUACAUUAUCCUAUGAAACAAAUAAUUUGGAACUGAGUGUGUUCCCUACUGAACAACCAGGGAUGUAAACACUGGACAAAAACAAUUCAAAUGCACAGGGCCAUACACACAGACAAAUUCGGGCUGUUAUUGACAACGUUCCACUUCCUUUUAUGUUGUAUUUUCUAAACAAGGAAUGACCUGUUCUCACUGGAUUGUUUGAUGGGGCUUCUAAGGAUCAUGAUGCCGCCAAAGUUUCAGCUUCUGGCGCUUUUGGCAUUCGCAGUGGCCAUGUUCUUCUUGGAGAACCAAAUCCAGAAGCUGGAGGAGUCUCGGGUGAAGCUAGAGCGGGCCAUCGCCAGGCACGAGGUGCACGAGAUCGAGGAGAGGCACACGCAGGACGGCCUGCGGGAGCGGGAGGCCCCCUCGGCGGCCGGCGGCGAGGACGUGGUGGUUAUCUACAACCGCGUGCCCAAGACGGCCAGCACCUCCUUCACCAACAUCGCCUACGACCUGUGUGGCAAGAACCGCUACCACGUGCUGCACAUCAACACCACCAAGAACAACCCAGUCAUGUCCAUGCAGGACCAGGUGCGGUUUGUGAAGAACGUGACAGAGUGGAGGGAGAUGAAGCCGGCGUUCUACCACGGCCACGUCUCCUUCCUGGACUUUACAAAGUUUGGAGUGAAGAAGAAGCCCGUCUACAUCAAUGUGAUCCGCGACCCCAUCGAGCGCCUGGUGUCCUACUACUACUUCCUGCGUUUUGGGGACGACUACCGGCCCGGCCUGCGGCGCCGAAAACAGGGGGAUAAGAAGACCUUUGAUGAGUGUGUGUCGGCGGGUGGCUCGGACUGCGCCCCGGAAAAGCUGUGGCUGCAGAUCCCCUUUUUCUGUGGUCACUACUCCGAAUGCUGGAACGUGGGCAGCCACUGGGCUCUGGAGCAGGCCAAGUAUAACCUGGUCAAUGAGUACCUGCUGGUGGGGGUGACUGAGGAGCUGGAGGACUUUGUAAUGAUGCUGGAGGCGGCGCUGCCGCGCUUCUUCAGGGGCGCCACUGAGCUCUACAAAACGGGGAAGAAAUCCCACCUUAGGAAGACAAGUGAGAAGAAGCCGCCCACCAAGGAAUCCAGCGCCAAGCUGCAGCAGUCCGCCAUCUGGAAGAUGGAGAACGAGUUCUACGAGUUUGCCCUGGAGCAGUUCCAGUUUGUCCGGGCUCACGCCGUCCGGGAGAAGGACGGGGAACUCUACCUGCUGGCUCAGAACUUCUUCUAUGAGAAGAUCUACCCCAAAACAAACUAGCGCACAUGAAAGAUGGACCAUUCAUCUAGGCUUCAUGCCGUAGUCACACACACUGGGGAGAGGACAGGGGAGAGGAGGAAAACUAAGAUCAUCAGUGGAUCUGUGGAACUGUCUGUGUUAGACGUUGUUAGCAGUUUCUGAAUGUCGCCCGCUUCACUGACUCCUCCGUCUCCAUAGUAGCCGACAGAACCAGGAAGCUGCCUCUUCCUGGUGCGAGAGUGCCAAUAGGGCAUUUUCCCACCAGCAUCUAAGUUCCAGGACUACCUUUCUCCUUCCAGGUGACAGUUCACAGGAGUGAUUUGCUUGAGAGACACAUGGCAGGAGAUGAGUCUACUUGGCAGCUGGCCAUGUCCUUUUUACUUCUGGUCACAUGAUUUGUAUUUUCCGUCCAGAGGGCAGGUUUUUAUUGGCUUGCUCUGUUUGUUUGCAUUUUAUUUGUAUUUUCAUUCUACUUUACUAUCAUCGUCUAUGGGAACAUUGUCGUCCCACUUUUUAUGUGUUCAAAUGAUGUAACCAUCUAAAAUUAAAAGUUGACUACAAUGUUAUCUUGGAGUUUAUCUAUAUGAAUUGAAGACGUUUUUACAAAAUCUAAUUUCUGUGGCCUCCAUAGACUUGGGUGACUGAUACACCCUGUUCACGACUAUGGUACUACUAUUCAGUGUUUUUAUACUGUACUUAUUUACUUGUUUUCAGACUCUUUGACCCAGUUGGAUUAUUGCUAGGUGGAAUGUGAAGUGUUUACACAUGAUGUAAUUAAACUAUGGAAGAAGACAAUUCA